CUCAUUCACAAUUCCGUCAGCCCCUGCCGCUUUUCUAUUCUUGAGUUUCGCUACACAGUCCUCUACCUCUUCUCGUGUGAACUCUCCCUGCAACCCGUCUACAUCACUACAUUCCCUCCGAGAUCUUUCAACGUUUUCCUCUGCCCACGAGUUGAUUUUCUUCUCAAACUCCGAGUCGAAGUUGCCGUUGGUGGUGGGUGCCCCAAGUUUGCGGUAGUGCUCUACUAGUACUUCCCGCUUUCCUUUAGAACUGCUUACCAUGUUACCCUCGGCAGAUCGUAGUGUCGCUAUUCCCGUGUCUCCCCCUCUUUUCUUGCCCAUUAUCCCUUGGAUUCCUACCCACAUUUGCUUCAUCCCCCCCUCAAAACUUCGUUAGUCUUUUGGACUACUUCCUCCCACAACGCUUUCUUCUUCUUCACCACCAACUCCUUCACCCUCUUUCUAUUCUCAACAUACUCCUUCCAUCCUGCAUCGGUUUUCCCUGCCGCAUAUUUUGCGUGUGACUCUCCACGUACUCGAAUUGCUUGCUUGAUUUCUUCGUCCCACCACUUCACUGCUCUCUUACAAACUAUCAACUUUCUACCGAGAACUCUACUUGCCGUUGUGUUUACCAGCUUUUGCCACCCUUGUAUGAUUCUAGAUCCGGCCUGGUCCCGACCUUUGGCAUCCUUCGGUGUGCCCAUUGCCUCUAUCAACUCCGAGAGUUUCUUGUCGUUUACAGCCAUCUCUGGAACUCUACCCUCGUUUCUUCUACUUCUAGCAUAUCUAUUCUCCAUCUGUAUAUUGUCCUGCGUCGCCUACUCUGUAUGA